UAGUUACAAAUAUCUGUCAAGAGCGUCACAAAAAUAAGGCAUAGAUUGUUUUGGAGUUUAAAUGUGUAAUAUGCAUAAUGAACAUCUGCCGUGAAAUUGCAUCUGAAACAUAAGCCUUUUUAGUUUUUAGUUUGUCAAAGCGCGCAGCAGACGUCUGAAUUCUAAAAGAAAAAAAAACUCUGGAAAGAUACUUGAAAAUUGAGGCGUAUUAAAAUGGCCAAUUUAAACGUAGUUUGUUGUUCAUGGAAUGUACAUGGAACUUACCCUCCGAAGGAAGAUCUACGGGAACUUCUACAUCUUUACGAUGACAAACCGUUGCCGGACAUCGUUGCAGUUGGCUUACAAGAAGUUGAAGUUCGACCGUAUUCCUUUGUCGUUGAAAUGAUAAUGGAAAAUCGCUGGGUUAAGGUGAUACAAGAAUACCUUGGUUACUAUGGUCUGGUUCGUGUCAAAAGUCUUCGGAUGCUCGGGAUGAUAAUAAUUGUUGCAAUAAAGUCCAAGCACCUGCCUUAUGUACGAGAAAUCAAAACAGGCUAUACUCGUACUGCAGCCUAUGGUUGGUUAGGCACCAAGGGAGGUGUAGGUGUCCGAUUUAUCUUGUAUGGACACUCCUUUUGCUUUGUCAAUUGCCAUUUAACAGCCCAUCUUGAUGGAACUAAGCAAAGAAAUUCAAAUUUUGAAAGCAUCAUAAAGAAUAUGAAGUUUCCAAUUGUUAAAGCUGCAAAAGUAAUGGAACAUGAUUAUGUAAGCAUUUUUGGUGAUUUCAACUACCGCCUUGAUGAGUUGUCCAUUGAGGAGGUAAAAGCAAAGAUAUUAUGUGGUGACCUUGCAUCAUUGAAAAAAUAUGAUCAGCUAAUUAGGAGCAUGGCAUCAGAAGAAGUUUAUCAAAGCUUUUUUGAGCCGGAAAUUCAAUUUCAACCAACCUAUAAAUAUUGUGUUGGUUCAAAUGAUUGGGAUGCCAGUGACCUGAAGAGGAAGCCAGCAUGGUGUGAUCGUAUUCUUUGGCAUGAAGCAGUCCAAGAUAAAAUUAUAGUUCAAAGUUAUACAUCACACAAGCAGCAUAUGACAAGUGACCAUCAACCCAUCAGUGCUGAAAGCGUUGUGAGUAUUGAUAGCAUGCAAAUGGAUCAAGAGUCACGAAUUAUUUGGCGCCUAGAAAUUGAUAGCAUGCCUUGGUAUGGUAAUGAUGAUGGCUUGUGUGUGUAUGUUGUGAAAGACUACAAACCAUAUAGCUGGGAUUGGAUUGGCCUAUAUAGGCUGGGUUGCCAACAUAUCUAUGAUUAUGAGAUGUAUGAAUGGGCCGUGGGUGAUGGGGAUGAGUAUGGCGAAAAUGGGUGUGCUGUUCUGUUUGAUUGUCUUCCUGAGGAGCCAGGGUUGUUUCAGUUAUGUUACUAUAGCUAUAAGCAAGAUUGUAUUAUAUCUAUGAGUGACCCCUUUGAAAUUAAGAAGCCCCACGAUGAAGAUGUUGAUCCAGUAGAAGUAAACAUUGAAAAACCUCUUACUGAAUAAACUCAAUGGAUUUUCUUAAAAUGUGGGCUAAGGAUUGCCCGCUGUUCAUUUCCAUAAUAUGACAUUUGUCAUACAUCUAAGUACAUAUGGUGGACUACAUUAAAAACUUUAUCUUGUUUGUCAUGAAAUUCUGUACCUAGAGCACAAUAUCAUGUUUAUGUUAAGUCAUACUAGUGAAUAAACAUUGAUGAAGCAUUCA